AUGAGCACAGAACUCUCAGACAGUUUAAAAAAGCUCUCGCUCGCACAAUCUGCAAAGACUCCCGCUCAGAAAAAGAAGAAGCCCGUGGUUGCCGACUCCUGGGAAGAUGAAGAACUAUCCGACGACGAACCAGUAGAGACUCCCGAUAAAGUCCCAUCACCGCCGCCGCCCACUCCCACCACGCCCUACCCACCCGGUCAUUCACGGGAUAGCUCGAGUGUAUCCUCUAUUGCCAGCCCACGAGGCCCCUCAAGCCCUCGCGAUAGUUACAUCGAGACACCUGAUUCAUUCUCGCGAGAUGGGUCCUCAGCCAGCAGUGAGAGGACCGUUAGACCAAGAACGACAGAUGCGGUAGCCAGAAGACUGAUUGCCGGAGCGCUGGGUGUGAAGUCAAAGAGUACAAAGGAGCAAAGGGAGUAUGAUGCUGCUGUAAGGGCGGCUGAAAAGAAGACGAGGGACGCGGAGAGAGAGAAGAAGAAGGCUGAGGAGGCCGAGAGGGAAAGACUCAGGACAUCAAUUUGGGAAGACUAG